AUGAAAGACAAUACGAUUCCUCUUGAACUGAAUACAGGUCAAGGAGCCAACCGGUUCAAGUACCAAACUUUCAAAACAAGAGUAGAACGCAUCAAGGUGGAUGUGGUGCGUAGAUCCAAAGUAGUGGAUGAUGAGCCUGAUGAACAUGGCUCCUUCUUUUACGAGGCAUUAAUGGAGUGGAAAGAUUUGAACAUGACUCGAAAUUUCAAGGAUUUUGCAAAGGAGAUGACACCGCUUGUCAAAUCACUCCCUUCCAUCAUUUACCACAAAGACGACAUUGUCAAUAUUCUUGAAAAGCACCUUAAAGUCAAGGACAGUUUGGCAUUGGAUGGCCUAUUAGACCUAGUGACAAAGCUUGCCAAGGAUCUGGAGGGAGAAUUCUACCCUUACUAUCCUCGUAUGCUUGCCAGUGUGUUGCCUUUGGUGUAUCAUCAAGAUAUCAAGUUGCUGGAAAGCGUCUUUAAUUGCAUUGCCUACCUCUUUAAGUUUCUGUCGAGACAAAUCUUGCCUGAUUUGGAUCAAACAUUUCUUUUAUUGGCUAAAUUACUAGGUGAAGAUAAUCAAGCGAAGCCUUAUGUUCGGCAUUUCACCGCAGAAGCAUUUGCCUUUUUACUUCGGAAGGCUCGUGGAGCUGAUUUAACAAAGAUUAUCACAUGUAUUCUUGAUACAUUGAGAGCAGAUCCCUCGUUGGAGUUUGAAGAAGGUUUGGCUAUGCUGUUUUUUGAAUCCAUCAAGCAAAUCGACCACCGCAUUCACUCUCGAGGUGAAGCUAUUUAUAAAGAGUUAUUGAUCCAAUCAUACAAGGAAGAUGUUACAGCCAACGAUUUAUCUGACAGCCCAAUCCACAGUUUAUUGACAAAAACGACACUGUUAGUGCUCCACCAUACCUACAGACAACACUUUACACCCAUCAUCCACAUUGUAUUGAACGAAUUAGAGAAACACACCAAAAACAUGGAUGAAAAGACGCUUUCCAUCAACGUCUCUCUGUUGACCAUGAUCGUUACUGUGCGUAAGGGCAGCCGUGUUGAGGAUUUCAAACCUAUCAUUGCUCGCAUCCAAGAGCUCACCAAACUCAUCUUCAGCUCCAACAUCAACACUUAUUCCAACUACUUGUACACACAAUUACUUCGCUCCAUCAUUGGUACGCUGAAUCACGGCUCGUUAGAAGUCGCUGUCAGUGGCGGCCGAGUCAUUUUGGACACACUCAACAGUUUCCAGGAUAUUGAGCUUAUUUAUGGAUUCUACCUCUCCUUGGCCAAAUUGGGAUGGUCCAACUACACACAAAUUUGUUUACCCUACAUCAUCAAGUACAGCUCAGCUCACUUUGACACACAUCCUUACGAAACCAUCUUGUUUUUGUCUGAAGUGCUUUCCACAGAUGCACUCAACCUGAAUUCUGGAUCACUGUCUUCUUCUCUCACACCAGAGGGUUUGCUGCGAUUCCCCAACGCCGCCAAAGGCAAGAAAUCGAUGGUGGAAGGCAUUUUGGACAUUCUGAGCAAGGAGUACGACUGGGAAAAGGAAAGAGAUACAUUGAAUGCCACAGAUAUGAAGUCUGAAGAAUCCAAUAUGUCUGCCAUCACCAUUUUAGCAUCUGCUCUUCGCAUUUUACCCAGAAUCCAAGUCUCUGUCGAUAAAGUGUUUACAGUCAGUAUGUCCUUGUUCAUGUCUCUUUCCGACUUUCUCAAGAAGCAUGCCGACGACAAUGCUUUAGUGGAGACACCGUUUGUAUUGGCUCACAAUAACUACGUUUUGGAAUCCUUGAUGGGUUUGGUGUUGGAGUCUUUGGCUGGCAUCGCUGCCAACAACACAGCUGUAUUCAAUGAAAUGAAGAAUAUUCAUAGCAAGCUGGUGGAUGAGAUCUUGAGAGACCAUGCUCGCAACGAGGUGGUACUUUCUGGUAUUUACCGUUAUUUGGACUUGUUGUAUUCAGGAAAUGCGGAUCAAGAUAAAUUCUCACUGCAACAGCUGGAAAGAAUUUAUCCUGUUCUCAAGCUCAACUUCAGCUCAUAUAGACGCAACUGCCGCUUAAACACACUCAAAAUCAUUGUUCUUUUCGACCAACCCAUGAUGAAGACAGACCAAGAUCACAAGAUAGCCGAAGUGUCCGAGAUUGCUAGAAUUGCACUCAACAUGGAAGAAGUGGAUGCCACCUUCAAGGAAUACCGUGACAAGGUUGUUUUGAUUCAAAAGCUCAACUUGAUCACCAGCAACAAACGCACGCCCGAUUUGUAUGUGGACUUUGCACCUCGUUUGAGUUUGGGUGUACUUACGGUUAAUUUGCGUCCUCUUUGGGAAGAAGCCAAGCGCUUGCUCAUUACCUUCUCUCAAGUCAAUGCGGAAAUGUACUGGGAUCUGGUGUAUGGCGAAAUUGUCAAGUACGAUGAUGAAAAGAGCCUUGUAUGGGAUGGAUUUGCAAGAGAUGUAUUGAUCAAGCUGAACACGCCAGAUGAGCCCAACAAUGGCCACGCCACCAAGACAGGCAAGAUUUCCUUUGAGUGCCCUACGCUCAACACCUUUGUCCACGUUGAAGAUAGAUCAUGGCGCAUCAUGAAAGCCGAAAAGGCACAGAGUUUGGCCUUACUGUUUGCUGAACUGAGCCAACAAGAACCUGGCCAUAUGGACUUUUGGAACUACUACAGCAUGUUGUUGAUGACCCUGAAAGAAACACCCACCAUCACAGAAGCAAGAGGUCGCAAUUUGGUUGUGCUCUUUUUCCACUUUUUAGACACUGAAUUCACAUCUGCCCCUGAGGACGAGGACGGGGACGAGGAAGAAGUAGAUCAGGACAAAGAAGAUCAGCAUGCGACGGGUCAUUUCGACAUCUUGCCCAAGAAUAGUAGAAUCACUAAAACCAAAAUGGCCAACUGGUUGUCCUUGUUUGCCGUAUUUAAGAACACAAAGGCCGUGUACAAGACACACGAACUGAAUGCUGCUUUCAUGCGCAUCAUUGCUAUGGGUGAUGCUAAGCUUCAAUUGGCUGCCAUGGAGUGUAUCUUUACUUGGAAGGAUCCCAACAUCAAGCCUUAUGCUGAUAAUCUGCGCAACUUGGUGGACGAUAUUAAGUUCCGUGACGAGCUUGCUACAUUCAUCCAAAAUGAAGAACAAAUCCUCAUUGAUCCCGCACACCGUCAAGGCCUGAUGCCUGUUGUCAUGCGUGUGCUGUAUGGUCGUUUGAUUCAACGCAGCAAAGCAUCCAACAAGAGCAACAAGAGUGCGCGUAGAAAGGUCAUUCUCGGCGGUAUCUCGUGCUGUAAGCCUGAGGAAAUCAGGAUCUUUAUCGAUCUUGCUUUGGAACCCUUCCAACCCAUUUUGGCGCUGCCUGGUAUGGACACUGACGAUGAGGGUCAUGUCACUGCAUUCAAAUUCGACCCUGAAGGCUAUCAUUUGAUGGAGCACAUUGCUUGGAGAAAGCAAACGGGUCUGUUGAACCUGAUGGAAGACACCAUCAAGCAAUUCGCUACACAUAUCUUGCCGUUUUUGCCUGAUUUGCUCAAGGUGGUUUUGUACAUUAUCAACUUUGCUCACAGCCGUCGUAGUCAAUCCCACCCAGAGGAGGAUGCCAUGGACGUGGAUCAAGCUGAUGCUGGCAAGGUGUCUGAUCAAAGCACCAAAUCCAAGGAAAUCAAGGCUUUGGCAUUGAAGCGUAUUGUCGACAUGUUCAAGAUCAAUGGCGAUUUCAAUUUCACACCCUUUGUGCCUAGCAUGUUCUCUGCCUUUAUUUCGGCUCGUUUGCCUACGCUGCCCUCAGACGCCUCUCAAGAUUUGUCUACCCUGAUUAACCUCUUUUUAGUCUGGUCCAAGAAGAGCACCUAUGCACCUUUCUUGGUGGACUACGAUGCGCGGGUGCUGCCUCAAGUCAUUGCCACACUGUCCGUCAAGAGCUUGAAUGAGCAUGUGUUGAAUGUCCUGCUGGAAAUCCUCGAGUCCUUAUUGAAUCUGUGCGAUGAGGAAAUGGAUGUCGAUGGCGAGGCGUCGCUCAAGGAGAAGCUGGUGAUUCCUCAUGUGGAUCUUAUUCUGAAUGAUCUCAAGUUCCGUCUCACACAGUCCAAGGACGACACCAAGUUUGGCAGUGGUCGCUAUUCUGUGCGUGAAAUCUCUAUUGCUGCUCGCGUGGCUCCCUACACAAAGAAUGGCGAACAAGCCGCCACCAUUAUUGAGCUCUUGUUGCCCAGUCUAAAGAAGCCUUCUCGCACCAUUCCUGAGAAAUCCAAGCAAGACAUCUUUACCAUUUGGGCCAAGUUUAUUCGCAUUGUGCCUGGAUUUGAAGCUGGAUCCACCUUGUACCAUCAUUACUACGUGAUGGCUUCCUCCAUGUUUGCCACUGCUUAUUCGCGUGAAAGUCGUGUGGGUUUGCUGGACGUGUUCCAUGCCUUUGCUGAUGUCAACCCUGAACUGGCCAAGGUGGAUGAGCUCUUGACCAUGUUGAAUGCCUACUCUCAAAAGCGCAUUGAUCAACCCGACUAUGACUCCAUGCUGGAUGCUUUGAGUGCUAUUGCUGAAACCUACUAUGACCAAUUCAACGUGCAUCAAUGGCUCCCCGUGUUGCAUCAAUUAACCCACUGUAUGCAUGAUGCUGAAGAAAUGGCAAUUCGUGGUACUGCCACGCACUGUAUGGCUCAAUAUCUAAAGGCAACUGCUGAGCAAGCAGACCAAGAAGAGAAGCGCAAAAUGCUGGGCUACGUAAACCAUGUCAUCUAUCCUGCCAUCAAGCGUGGCCUUCGUUCCCGUGUGGAGUUGGUGCGCAUGGAGUUUGUCUCUCUCUUGUGCUCCUGUAUCAAGACGUUCCCUGAACUGCCCAUCUUUGAAGACAUGGUGCCUCUGCUCGGUGAUGGCGAUGAGGAAGUCAACUUUUUCAACAAUGUCUACCACAUGCAAAUCCAUCGUCGUGCGCGUGCUCUGCUUCGUCUCUCUGAGUUUGCUGACGAGGGUAAGCUCAAGGUCGCUACCAUCAACAAUAUCUUUAUUCCCAUCAUCUCUGCCUUCUUCAAGGAAAGUGAUCGCACGAUGGACCACAACUUGCUGCAUCAGUGCACCUUGACGCUCUCUUCUCUCGCCAAGGUCCUUCCCUGGAACCACUACUAUCGCUUGCUGCAGAGCUACUUGAGCUUGAUCAAGGAAAACGAUGAAAAGGAAAGACUCUUUGUGCGUGUCGUCAUUGGUAUCCUCGACGCUUUCCAUUUUGACCUGCAACACAUUGAAUUAUCCGAUGACACUGUCAAGAAGAUCAUGGGCCGUCAAAAGGUGAGAAUUGACUAUUUGACCAACGAAGAAAUCAUGAAGCAAGCUGCUAAGGAUGCUGGUGAAGAAACCAAGGAAGACGCAGAGGAAGCAGAGGAAGCAGAGGAGGAGGAGGAAGCUGAAGUCAGUGCUGAAGCCGAAGCUAAGGACAAGAACGAAAAGAUUCAUGAUGUGCUUGUAGCCAAGGUCAUGCCUGAACUCAACAACCUCUUGAACAACAACAAGAGCAGAAAGUCUGUCAUUGUGCGUGUGCCCCUCGCUCUUGGUAUUGCUAAACUCUUGUGCAAUUUACCUGAAAAGUCAAAGCGCAUCAAUUUGCCUGGCCUUUUGACCUCUGUCUGCCACAUCAUUCGUAGUCGUGCUCAAGAUGUCAGAGAUAUCACGCGUGAAACACUCAUCAAGAUCAGCGCUUUCUUGGGCUCGUCUUAUUUCAACUACAUUGUCAAGGAGUUGCGUGGCGCUCUCAAGAAGGGUUAUGAAUUGCACGUCCUGGGCUACACGGUCAAUGCCUUGCUCUUGGACAUGAUGCCUCGAUUGAAGGUGGGUGAUUUGGAUUACUGUCUCUCGGAUCUGGUGGAUGUCCUCGUCAGUGAUAUCUUUGGUGCUACUGGCCAGGAGAAGGACACAGAUGAAAUGACGGGCAAGAUCAAGGAAGCCAAGAGUCGUCGUAGUCCUACUUCGUUUGAGAUGAUUGCUAAAAUCACACAUUUCAAGAACGUGGGUUUGCUCUUGGUGCCUCUCAAGGACAUCAUGUCUCAUACCGAGAGUAGUCGUACGUUGCGCAAAGUGGAAGAUUUGCUUCGUCGUAUUGCCCUUGGUCUCGUCAACAAUCCCGAGUUUGAGUCAUUGGCAUUGCUUGAUUUUGCCUACAAUUUGAUCAGUGAAAACCUCGAAGACUUCAAGGCACAGCCCAAGACCAAGGUCAAGAAGACACAAAAGGAGCUCAAUUUCGAGGUGCAAAUGAAGCGUGUUAUGGUGGAGCCUGUGGAUUACUACCGUGCCAAUGCCUAUCGCUUCGUUUACUUUGGUCUGAGUCUGCUCUCCUCUGCUGUCAAGAGGAUUAAGUUUGAUCUAAGCAACGACGAAUACGUUUCCAGGCUGAGAAAGCUGGUCAAUGCAGUUGGCAACACGCUGUAUGCUAGUCAGUCUGCCAAUGUGGUCCUUGCUGCUCGUAUCAUGUGCCAUUUGAUCCCCAUGAAGAUUCCCAACAUUCAGUCUGCUGUGGCUGUCUCCAUCGAACGCUCCUUUGCUCUCAUCAAGUCAUCUGGUGGCUCUCAGACAACCACGGUGCAAGCCUGUCUGAGACUCCUCACUGUCUGUAUUCGCGACAAUGACAAAUCAUCUCUCACUGAAGCGCAAUUGACCUACAUUCUCAACUUUGUGCGUCCCGACAUGGAGGAACUGGAGAGACAAGGUACCAUUUUUGCACUGGUCCGUGCCAUCAUCUCUCGCAAGUUCAUGGCACCUGAAAUGUACGAACUGAUGGACUCUGUGUCUCAUGUGAUGGUGACAAACCAAAGCAGAGAGAUCCGUGAACAAGCUCGCUCCGUGUUCUUUAUGUUCCUCAUGGACUAUCCUCAAGGUAAAGGUCGUCUCAAGCAGCAAAUGAGUUUCAUCAUCAAAAAUUUGGAAUACGUAUAUGAAAGUGGCCGUGAAUCCAUCAUGGAGCUGUUGCAUCACAUCAUCUCCAAGUUUGGUGAUGACAUUUUGGCGGAUUACAUUGAUCCCAUCUUCUUUGCCCUGGUCAUGCGCUUGAUCAAUGACGAGUCUAGCAAGUGCCGUGAAAUGGCUGCUGCGCUUAUCAAGGAACUACUUGCUCGUAGCACGGAACGUCUGCCCACCAUCUAUAAACUGCUCAACAAAUGGCUGGAUCAAAGCAGCAAACCCAACUUGCAAAGAGCUGCUUGUCAAGUGUACGGUUUGGCCAUCGAUACCUUUGAAACACAAUUGCGUCCUCAAGCCGCUGGUCUAGUACAACGUCUCGCUACCAUACUUGAAUCUAGUCGUCAACGUGCUGAAACCUUGGCUCAAGAAGCAGCAGUGGUGGACGAUGAAGAACAGGGCGAAAGCAUGGACAUUGAUAUGCAAUGGGAAGUAGCAUACUAUGCCAUCAACACAUUUGCAAAGAUCACAAAGACCUUCCCCAGGAUUGUGUAUGACCAAGAAACUGAAUCCGUGUGGCGUGGUAUGCAAUACAUGCUUCUAUACCCCCAUGCUUGGAUUCGCUCUUCUUCUGCUCGUUUGUACGGUGUGUAUUUCUCGGGCAUUGAUGCUCAAAGUCGCAUGAUCAAGGAUACCACUACCCAAUGUCGUUAUUUGGAUAGAGAAACGCUUCGUGUGUUGGCUACCGACUUUUUGGAACAACUCAAGAGUAACCAUAUUACUCAAGAUCAAGCAGAUCAAAUUGUAAAGAACCUGUUCUUUAUUGGUAAAUGCUUUUAUUACAUGCCUGAUGAAGAGGAUGUGGACAAUGGAGAAGAAGAAGAAGAAGAAGUCAAGAUUGAUGAUGCCCGCGAUGAAGUCAUUGAUGAAGAAAAGGGUAGCAAGGCUGCUCAAGAUGCUUUGACUAAAAUUGCUCAAACGGCACACAAGAAAUCGCUCAACUGGUUGUUUAGAAAGGCAUCGUUUGAUGCGCGUGGUGCUGCUAUCAGAAAGAUCAAGAGCGCCAUCAUUCUCCGUUCCUCCAUCUUUAAAUGGUUUGCUGCUAUGUGCAACACAAUGACCACAGAAGAAAUCCCUCCCUACUUGAUGCCCGUCGUUGCGCCCAUUUACCGUACAGUGAAUGAUGAACAAAACAAGGCGGCUGGAUUUGAGGCGUUACAACAACUUGGUAACGAGAUUCUCAAUUUACUUCAAAACAAGGCAGGUCCUACUGUGUAUUUCGCUGUCUAUCAGCGUGUGCGUCAACAGGUUAUCAAGAGCAGAGAAGAUCGUAAAUCAAAGGACGCUAUUCUGGCGAUAUCUAAUCCUGCUCUGGCUGCUAAACGUAAACUGGAUAAACAUCAAAGAUCUCAGAACAAAAAGAAGCGUACUCGCUUGUAA